GUUCGAUGUUGGAAACCAAGGUAUGAUGAUGGCGCGCAACUGAAACAGCAGACGGCGAGCACACAAACGUGAUGUUACCAGUCUCUGCUGAUAUUCUCCCAGCUUUUCAUAAUUAUCUUGCUUCGAUCAUUAUCUUAACGAAAGAAGAUGUUUCCAAGUGGUUCCAACAAAGACGACGGCUUUACCGCGUCAGCUUUCAAGCGCGUUUUGAUGAGUGUGGGUGACUUCGGGAACGACGACUUCUCCAUCGAUGCGGUUCGGCGACUACACAACCACGUAGAAUUCGUUCGCAAGUCCGGGACGAUAUCUGGUCCUUGCGCGAAGUUGUUAUCGGACUACUUCACCGAGAAGGCGAACCAAUUCGUCGACAGCGCUGGAGGAUUAAAUAACUUUUCCAGUGGGGCCAUCCAUUCGUCAAGUUCAACAGGCCGACAGAACUAUUCGGACCAAUGGUGCUCCCGGCUGUCCACACUGACGGACGAGGAGCUUGCACAGUUUUUGCCAGCAAAAAAUGGGCCACCGGACCAGCAGCCAUCAAUCGACCGGGACUGCGAGUCCUUUAUUGAACGAAUGAAACGCAAGGCACCUGCCUCGAAGAAGGUUAUUCUUCAUCGUGGGGUCAGUUCUGCUUCAGACAAGACCUUGGUUAGCACAGUGCACGCAGCUGCUCCACUGAGACAGCAGCCCAGGCCAGCCACAGCGAGAACCAUGGAGGUGCAGCCCAAGUUCCAAUCUAGAAAUGGCAAGAGUGGCGGCCGUAGUGGCUGGGACGGAGAUGGGCCGAAGCAACAACCAUCCGAAUCCGCCCCAGGACAGACUGCUGCCCCAGCUUUCAUGACAGCCAGGGAACAACUGAUUAAAGAGCAGCAAAAAUCGCACUCUGGAAGAGAUGGUCUCCCUGCUCGCAGCAUUGGUUCCUCUUCCAAAACGCUGGGUGGAAAAAGAACGCUCUCGAGCCGAUUUGUCCUGCCCCUGGCCCGUGCCGACACCGACACGGGAAGCUCAUCCGGCGGCCUUUCUGGGUGCAGUUCCGAUCUGCCGGAUGAACUCAAGAAUGUGGACCCUAAGAUGGUCGAACUCAUCCGGAAUGAGAUAAUGGAUCAAGGCCCAAGCGUGCACUGGGACGACAUAGCCGGCCUGGAGUUUGCCAAGCAGAGUGUCAAGGAGAUGGUGGUCUGGCCCAUGCUUCGGCCAGACAUUUUUACAGGUCUGAGACAGCCUCCCAAAGGACUACUCCUGUUUGGACCACCAGGCACAGGCAAGACAUUGAUUGGAAAAUGUAUUGCAUCUCAAGCUGGAGCCACAUUCUUCUGCAUCAGUGCCUCAUCUCUGACCUCCAAGUGGGUCGGCGAAGGUGAAAAGAUGGUGCGAGCACUCUUUGCCGUGGCGAGGGCCUGCCAGCCAUCGGUUGUGUUCAUCGACGAGAUCGACUCGCUCCUUUCCCAGCGGAGCGAAUCGGAGCACGAGUCUUCACGCCGGAUCAAGACAGAGUUUCUCGUCCAGCUGGACGGAGCGAGCACCAAGGCGGACGACAGGCUGCUGAUUGUGGGAGCUACAAACAGGCCGCAAGAGCUGGACGAAGCGGCACGCAGGCGUCUGGCCAAGCGCCUGUACAUCCCGCUGCCUGGCGCCCCGGCCCGGCGCCAGAUGGUCUCCCGGCUGCUGUGCGGGGUGCGGCACCGGCUGGACCCCUCAGAGGUGGAGGGCGUUGCAGAACGCACCCGGGGGUACUCCGGGGCGGACAUGGCCCAGCUGUGCAAGGAGGCCGCCCUGGGACCCAUCCGCAGCCUCAGCUUUGACCUGCUCCAGCAGAUCACGCCUGACCAGGUUCGGCCAGUGGCCUUCGAGGACUUUGAAAAGGCCCUGUGUCAGGUUCGAGCCAGCGUGUCAUCCACGGAUCUGCAUGCCUACGUCGAGUGGAACUCCUUGUACGGCAGCACCGCCGCCCCGGCCGUCUUCGACUAGCAGCGGAACGGAGGCCUAUGACACCGGUUCCAGCGUUCCUACGAGAGCCUUCUUAAAGCAACACAAUUUUUUUGGUCAGUUUGUACCAAUAAAAGCUCUUCCACUCGUACCAGGA